AACUUUCGGGGCUUCUAUUUACAUCACUUCCGGUCUUCCGUCUCGAACUGGACAGCUUCAUUUCAGGAGCAAUUAUCCCGGCUAUACAGGGUCGGGUUUCACAAGUCUAACACACACAAAACCACUCUGCUCUUCAUCAUGGCCGAAAUCGCAACUCCCAGCCCCAGGAAGAGGUACGCCCUCGUGGGCACUGGAGGCCGUGCAAUGUUCUUCUACUCAGCCAUUGCAAAAGACUAUUCAAAGACAUCGUGUAUAGUCGGCUUCUGCGACACAAACCAGACCCGUAUGAAUUAUGCCAACUCCAAGAUGGAAGCGUUGGGCCAUGGCGCCGUGCCUACGUUUCUUGCCGCCGAUUUUGAUAAGAUGAUCAAGGAGACAAAGCCGGAUGAGGUUAUUGUCACGACCAUCGACCGUACGCACAACAUCUACAUUGUGCGUGCUCUUGAACUGGGCUGUAAUGUCAUCACGGAGAAGCCCAUGACGAUUGAUGCUCCACGCUGCAUCGAGAUCUUUGACGCCGUGGAGCGGACAGGCAACAAAGUCCGUGUAACCUUCAACUACCGCUAUGCACCGCACAACACAAAAGUCUUCGAGGUGUUGCGAUCUGGCGCCAUUGGCAAAGUGACCAGUGUGCACUUCGAGUGGUUGCUAAACACAGCCCAUGGCGCGGACUACUUUAGGCGCUGGCAUCGCGACAAGCGCAACUCGGGCUCGUUGAUGGUGCACAAGUCUACUCACCAUUUUGACUUGAUCAACUUUUGGCUACAGACUCGACCAGCGACUGUCUACGCGCAGGGUGACCUGAAAUUCUACGGCCGCGAGAACGCAGAAUCUCGCGGAGAAACCAAGUUCUACACCCGCGCACACGGUAGUGAGGUGGCAAAGACAGACCCGUUCGCCCUGCAUUUGGAGGACUACCCGCAGCUCAAGGCCAUGUACCUGGAUGCCGAACACGAAGACGCCUACUACCGCGACCAGAGUGUAUUCGGCGACGGCAUCAGCAUCGAGGACACAAUGAAUCUGCUCGUGAGGUAUCAGAACGGCGCAGUAAUGACAUACUCGCUCACCGCGUACGCGCCCUGGGAAGGCUUCCACGUGAAUUUCAACGGAACGGGCGGCAGACUGGAAUUGGAGGUGGUCGAAAACAGCUAUGUCAACUCGGGUGGUGACCAGGCAGGUGAGGGCUCUGCAGAUGCAAUCUCCCUUGUCUUGAAGCCGCUUUUCCAGAAGCCGCAGAAUAUCGACAUCGAUGCCGGUACUGGCGCCCAUGGCGGGGGUGACGAUGUGCUGUUAAGGGACUUGUUUGGUGAGCCUGUCAGUGAUGAGUUUAUGCGAGCUGCAAGUCAUGUCGACGGCGCGCUGUCUAUCCUCACAGGUAUUGCGGCGAAUAAGUCCAUCGCCACAGGCCAGGUUGUGAACGUGAAAGAUAUCUUGCCUAUGCUGUAAUAUUGGUUAGGACCUUUCGUCACCAGUUGUAAUGUUGGUCAGUCAAGGAUGUAUCUAACUCGAGCUACAUUAAUGGAGAGAAUGAAUCAAAUAGAUCUGUG